CGCGGGGGUCGGCACGGCGCGACCCCGCCGUGCCUCCGGGCAGCCGAGAGAGGCGGCGCCGCGCCUGUCUUCCACUGCGAGGCCAGGGCGCGGGCCGCGGCGCGUGCGGCGCGUGCGCGGCCGACGGCGCGCCCCGAGGCCGAAAAGACGAGCCUGAAGCGCACGGGAUGCAGGGGACACUAAGCGCACGCUGGCAGGAUAAGGAAGAGGCGCUGGAGCUGGAGCUGAAGGCCGGCGUGCGUCGGAGUGCGCCCUACACGGGCCGCCAGCAAGCAAAAUCGCGAAAUGUCACAUUUGGACGCCUGAAACGGUGAUGGUGUCGUCUGCCCAGCGUCUCAGAGGACGGCCCGGCGCCCGGCGCCUGGCCGGCGUCCAACCCAGCGCCGCCCGCGAUCACCGGCCCUCCAUCGGUGCUGCCGGCGGUCUCCUGCUAGCGCCGUCUGGGGCCAGCCCCGGAGGGCCGCCUCGACCAAGUUCAGCCCCGCGCGGGUCGCGGGCUGCCUCGGAGGAGCGGUCCUGCAUGGUCGCGCCGACCAUGCCGACCGCGCGCGCGGACUGUCUCUGCCGCGCUGCGACGUGAAACAUGUUCGCGCCGACCCCGCGCCCACGAUUUUUAAGCGGAAGCCGGAGGCCUUUGAAUCCAUAAGUGAGGCGGCAGAAAACGUCGCAAGCGACAUGAUCGAGGAAGCGCAAGCGUCAGCAUCCCUUGGUCCAGCGAAGUAUGCGGGAACAUCCAAAAGCACUGCGAAGCCUCCAGUAACCGUCAUGCCUCUACGAGCAAUGAUGUCACAGUGAGGGUGACACAUAUGCGAACACAACAAGCAAUGCAAGAAAUAAUGAGAGCGACACCAUUCAAGAAUAGCUCAG